AUGUCCACGGAAAUCAAUGCCAAACUCUUCCCUAUCCCGUCCCAAUUCGCCCUCUCCCUUCCCUCUCAGCAGGCAGGAAUCAUCACGUCGCGGGCUUGGCCCGGGGUCUCGCCAUCGUCGACUGAAACGCUGCGAAGGAUCCUGAGCGAUAACCACAACAAGUGGCAUACCUUUUUCAACGACAGAAUGUUCCACAAUCAUAUUCCCCACGCUGCUCUCACGUUGUGGUGUCUUGGUGCCGAUCCAAGUAUCCUCGAGGCGUCCUACAAGCAGACCAGCACGUAUCAGAGGCAUUUCUUCACUUCUCCCGGUCCCAUAACUCGGGAGAACUGGCGAGACCACCUUGGCGAUGAAAACUAUUACGCGUCGUACCUGCAGUUCAUGAAAGAAGAGUUCGAGAACAAGGACAUGGCAGAAAUGUUGGAGGAAUACGUACUCGCGGCCUCGGCAAAUCACAUCGAGAAUGUUCAAAGCCAGCCGCAAAUGCUCGCCCGCUAUCUUGAGGGUGCAAUUCAUCCUCUCAUCCAUGCUGGGUUUGGGAUAGAAUUCGGUGUUCCCGGAGUCUUCCUUGAAGGCAAGUAUUGUUUGCUCCAUGCGACGUUUGGACUCUUUAUUGAGGUAUUUUCUAUAGGUCUUGCGCAGGCAGCGGUACAUCCCAGCCCAUGUGGCGCUGUCAUCCCCCGUGCUUGGUUCGACAAUGGAAACGGCAAAGAUCUAGCUCAACGUUUUUCGACUGCCGUUGAAGUAUCCGGAAAGCCGCAGGACGUCCACGCCUUCACGAUCGUCGCUCGCCUUGUGGGAGACAAGCGUAUCACACCUCCGCAAGCAGGCGGCGAUGUGAUCACCAUCUAUACGGAUGUGAUGAACAUGCACGGCGACGCCAUCGCGAAAUACGUUGGUGAAUGGACGCUCGAGGGCGAUCUCACCCGCAAAGUCGAAGAGCUCCUCUGGACCCAAACGCUCAUUUAUGGCGUCGGUGGAUUGGAGGUAACUGGAGGAUACAACGCAGAUUUCUUUUUAAUGCACCUUGUCACUUCCUCGCUCUUCCUCCCUACGACCUUCCCUCUGUUAAAGCGGAGCUCCCAGAUUCGCCUUCUCCGCAGCUACUUCUCCGUCUCCCUCGCGUGGUACAUCGCGCGCGGCCGACCCGCGCUGAACAUCAAGGCGUUCUUCUCCAACCCCAACUCGCUUGUCCCCACCGCUCCGGGUCCGCACCCGACCCCAAAUAAGGUCGCUCAACCGGCUCCAGACUCCCCGUCCGCUAUAACGCCGAACGCCUGGCUGCAGAUCAUCCAAUCGACUUUGGUUCACCCGGACGACCACGUCUGCAAGCUGCAGAGAGCAUUGGCGGAGUACGGUGCUCUGUGGGGACACAUUGGGAAAGGGUAUUUCAAAGGUACCGAGUUGAAGGACGCUGAGCUUAUCGACGGCACGCUUUUCAUCCGUACUGCUGGCUUGACUGCGGGAAGAGUUGGUUGGGUUAGGGAGGGUGAGCCACAGUUGACGGAGUCCACAGCUUGGGAUUACCGUGGAUUCUUCCCAGCUGUCCGCGCGAAGGCUUGA